AUGUGGCUCGACAAUCAAGAAGAGUGUAGUCAUAGUCAAAGUAGCCACAGUGAGGUACAUCAGGACUUGCUAGGGGAACGACAACCUCUUUUAAGUCCCGAUAGAGUGCGUACUGCCGCUGCAUUGUCUCCUAGUACUGGAUACUCGUCUAAUCAAUUGCAUCGGAGCACUCGCCACCGACGUGGGUGUACGGACGUGUUAUUCGUGGGGGUUUUCGCUACGUACUGGAUUGGAAUGGUGGCGUUAGCCAUCACUGCUUUCACCCAUGAAAGUAGUGGAUCUUUUGCUCAAGAGAUUGAAAGUGGUGUCGAUUUUCAUGGACAACCAUGUGGACAAGAUCGUUUUGUCUAUUUUCCUGACUUUCAAGCGAAUCCGGACUUUGGGUUCUGUGUGGAUACGUGUCCACGUUACAAUGGACAAGUUGUCACGGUGAUUUUGCCAUUGCAAACAGGAAAGAGAGGUGUGAAUGGGUCGACUCAUGAGUUGCAACAAGUACACUUUACAUCCUAUGCUACACAUCCAUGGGCAUAUGUAUGUGCACCAGUUGGAGUGCAAUCGGAGGAAGUGAUGAUUUUGCAAUUGCAAGAUACGUUAGGACGCUUUGUGGGAGCUCUUGGAAGUUGUUGGCAGGUGUUGGUGAUUGCGUCGGGAAUCUCGCUGUCAACGGCGGGAUUGUAUCUUGUCUUAUUGCGCUAUUGUGGCUGUAUUAGUGUCUUCCUCUCGACAGUGGCAAUUGAAUCCACGCUGGCAUACAGCAGUUAUCGGCUGCUACAUGCGGCAUCAGAUCCACUAUCAUACGAGAACGAUCCGGCCAUGUUGAGUUCGCUCCAGUUCUUUUCUGUUAUCAUGUGCUGCGCGGCGGUACUCUUUCUGCUCUUUGUGGUGGUCAAUAUGUCUCGACUACUACUUGCUGGCGCGUUUAUUACGCAUGCAUCACGUGCGCUGUCCCAAUUGAAGCGACUACUCGUGCUGCCGUUCAUUUCCUACGUGCUGUUGUUACUGCUGUUUGGCUGGGGGAUUCUUGUGACAGUUUGCAUUUUUGGUGCUGGAGAGACGUCGACCCGUAUUGCAACGAUCUCAGCUACCGUUCCGUCCUCCAUUCGUGUAGUGACUGAGUCGUUCCAAGUGAGUACGAAGCUACGGUGGCUCUUCAUUUACCAUCUAUGGGGAAUGUACUGGUCGGUAAACUUUCUCUUGUCGAUGAACGAGAUGAUCACGGCCACAGCGGUGUCGCUAUGGUAUUUCUCUCCUCAAAACAAGAUCACCGGUUUGAAAGACUUUGAAGAGGCAGACCCAGUGUCCUAUUCAGCAUACACGACUAUCAAGUACCAUCUCGGAACGUUAGCACUGAGCUCGGGUUCCGUCGCGCCAGUGGAGCACAUCCGCUCAUUCUUUUUGUACCUCGAAAACAAGAACGAAUUUGACGCCAGCACUAUAACAAAACUCGCGGCCAAGUGUUGCUGUUGCUGUAUUUGGUGCUUCAAACGCUGCCUGAAGUACAUCUGCAAGGAAGCAGUCUACGUCACUGCAGUUCAAGGCACUGACUUUUACACAUCCGGAAAGUUGGCAUACACGCUAAUUUCAUCAAACUUGCUCCGCGUCGGAGCCCUCAGUCAUAUUGGACAUGCAUCGGUCUUUCUAGGCAAAUUGAUCGUUUGUACCACGACGUGCCUCAUCUCGUGGUUUCUCCUUGAAAAUGUCCCUUCGCCCAUCCUACCAUUGGUCGUCAUCGUGCUUUUCUCCUACAGUGUAGCGCACGCGUUUAUGACGAUUUACGAGACUUCGAUCAACAUAUUGCUCCUGUGUUUCACACUUGACGAAAACUUGCACGGCGGUCGAGGUAACUCGACCCACGCUUCGGCGCCGUUGAUCCGAUCGGUGAACGACCACUUGCGACCAAAGUGGCAGACAGUUUUGUAG